AUGGUCGGCAUGUCGAGGUAAAUAUCUUUGAACGCGGCACAUGCAGGGCACAAUAAGCAUUCGUAUAUGUUAUUGGACACAAGCUGCCGAAUGUCCAUACAAAUUUACAGCCAAUCAGAGCAACUUCCGAAAUAGCCCAUAUCUGCAUGCUUAUCAUGGCGCAACUAUCGACUCGCUCUUGGUAGCUGCUAAAAUUAGGAGGAGUAAGUUUUCGAAGCCAGAGUUAAUAAUGACCAAUUACCCUGUGCACGCAUAGUUGAUUUAUUACAACUUAUUUUAUAUACAAAUCGCUUUGCCGGAUGACCUUUACUAUUGUUUUCUUUCUGUACAACAAACAGUAACUGCAGUUACUGCACAGUUGGCUUGUUGUUGCUGCAUUUGGUGCUCAUUUCAAGCGAACGUAUUCACGCCAUUUCGCCCUAGCUAGCUGCACGAGUUUUGCAAAGAUGGAUGAACUAUCCAGCACCCGUCAUUCAUCGCCCGCAAGUUGUGGGUCCUGUUAUACUUCCAGUAGAUGCAGCUCUGUAAUUUCCUCCUUGAUUGUCGAUGAUCCAUCUGAUUUGUCCGUCGAGUGUGCAACAAAAGCCAUGGAUGUUCCAGAGAUUUGUUCAGAGGAUAGGAAAGCCGUUGCAGAAAAUCCGCCUAUCAGCACUGCGGCACCACUUGACCUUUCGAAGCAUCAUGCGCCUCGCACGCAGCCAAAUAUCUGGGCUCCGUACGAAAACGUUAUAGCGGCCGGUGCUUGUAAUGGUGACUCAGGAUCUGAUGGGGUCGAUGUGGAUAUUGUACUUCCGGCGACAUGUGGUGCCCGACAGCUGAAUAAACUGAAACGCUUUCUUACCAGCAUCCAGCAGGCUGCAGCUGACGUCUCCAGUGGCAGUGCGGAGCAAGUGCGACUGGCCAUAUGGAGUCUAGUGAACAAUAAAAUCAGCGCUGAAGAAUUUGUAUCACAUGUCCAGUCUGCCGAUGUGCCGCUUAAGCGCUUCAUCGUUCCAUUCGUCAAGGCCAAUCUUCCCCAUCUGCAACGGGAGCUUCUUCUUUUAUCUCAACACACCCAGUUGCUGACCCGAACACCGGAAAACUUGAUGGGUCCAAACAAGGAUCAGUUUACCGGCUCAGCUAACGAAAUCCCGAUAUCGCCUUCAAUACAUCGCGAGCCAGCAUCGUGCGUGUCCACGAGCGCAAUGUUCCCUCAAUUAUUCCACCAUCUGCGAACUGGGCGGGAUGAAAAACCGCUAAGCAAAGGUCAACGUGAUGCAAAACCGCUGGUACAGACAAAUGUUGCCGCCGACACACAACGGAAGUCGCAGUUUGCUGACCUGAACCGGCUGGACAACAUUCCCCUGCGUGUAGCGAAUCUUGCACAACGUCUGAAUCAUCUCUUACAGUGGUAUGCAUUUGAAAAAGCAGAAACGAGCAAAAUGUUUACCAACAGUCCGAAAUCAAACGAACUGGAGCAAUACAGAAAAUCCUGGGCGCAGUGGCUGGCAAUGCAUAAUUUAACGAGAAUGGAAUCAGAAAGCAUGACAGUUGAACUGGCUAUGCUCUCGACUAUAACCGGACAACACGACAUUAUCAACCAAAUCCAUAAAUCGCUUAUGACUCUGAAAACUCAACUGGAUCAUUCAACAGCGCAUAUGCGAGAAGCUGAACACUUUUUGAAAAUUCAAAAUUCCGCUGCACCAGCAAUGACUACCAGUAGUAUGGCAACAACUUCUGGUGAAAAGAAAGGCUUUGCAGCCGUGCGAGAGCCGUGCUGGAGUUGUGGACGACCGGCAAAAAAGCUCUGUGCCGGUUGCCAGAAAGCAAAGUACUGCGAGCGGAAUUGUCAGGAAGAUGACUGGCCCGUGCACGGACGCAACUGUAAAGUGGCCACACUACUUCCGCCACGAAAUCUCUAGAUUUCCUUCUUGUGAGUGGUACGGAACGGUUACGUAGGUGCUGGAAUGUUGCGUGCAUGACCAUAUGGUUAUGGUUGUUGUUAAUAGUAAUCGUGUUCAUGUGAUUCACUUGUCAGUGGAUUUGUGCUGCAUGAUUCUUCAGUAUGCUCGCAUUGUGAUGCGUGACACCCUUUUUUCUACGCAUAUGUACAGUUAAAUCAUAAA